UCCCAUAAUCCCCUAGGAUAAAACACAAACAAAAUAAACCCGCUGAUUUCGAAAGUUCAAUAAUCUGAUAUCAAAAGAGUACAUGGAUAAUGACGAUCUAGACAGUGAUCUCGAGAUUAUUGAGGAAUCCAGUACAUGCUGGUAUGCUGAUGGAAGUAACAAACAAAAUGGCGUUGGAUCGAAACAAAAGUAUUCAUUGCUGGAAUCCGUUUCUGAACGGUUUGAACAGAAUCGUAGAGAAAGAGAGAGUCGAAUUGAGACAAUGCGGACCAAAAGAGAAGUUGAGGUGGCACAUUCUCAGUACCUUAAAAAUGAAGUUGUUUCCAGGGAAGAACUUAAUCAUGCCAGACCAAUAGUGAAUGCAUGGGCACAGAAACAUGAUAAAGUUGAAAAGGCCACCAGAAGGGUAGCUAUGUCUAAAGACAGACAGUUCCAUUCACCAUACAGAGCUCGCAGGGGACAGCCACCAUACGAUGUGACACAGAGGUCUCACACUGGACUUUCAGUAUCAUCAGCUGGCACAAGUGACAGACAUGUAACUGCAGGCCACAGUAGCAACAGUUCUGAUACGUUUGUUUCAUAUGAUCCUUCAGUGUCUGUGGACACAAGUAUGAAAUACGUAUGUCCUGUUGUGAACUGUAAGGCCUGGUACAUGUCUCGUCACAAGUACCGUGACCACAAGCACAGUUUUUCCCACUCACCGUGUAACCCAUGUUUGUCACUUGCCGAUAGUGAAUUGCCACAGAGACCACAGUUCUACAUAUGUCCAAAAUGUGGAGAUAUUUAUCAGAGGAAAAUCGAAUGUCAAGAACACAUGAUAAUGAACGGCCACCUCAGUCUAUUUUCACCUCUGGCAAUAGUGGCCUUUGCUUGUCCUCAGUGCCUUACUUUCUAUGACGACCAGGCUCGGUGUAGUCAGCACAUGGCGAAUGCGCACCACAGUGAUGUGUCCUUUCCAUUCAGCGGUGACUUUGAUAGAGCUGGGUCACAGGAUCCUUUCACCAUCCCGAUACCACAGAGUCUCGCAGAGGACUUUAUCAUCAAGUGUGCCGAGGUUCCAUUCCAUGUGAUGUGUACAGAGUGCAACUUUCUCAUCAAGGAUCACCACCACAUGAAGCAUCAUGGGAAGAAAACGGCUUACAGCCAUUUUCUUUCUUCUCAUGCAGAUUCCACCCCAGCUGGAGUUUUCUCAAUGUACCUGAGUGGAACCACUUGCACCUCUUGUGACCAGAUUCUCCACCCAUCCGACUUCGUUGACGACUGUCACCGCUGUGAUCGAGGCUUGACAGGCAGGAGGACCGAGUUGAACUGCAAAACAAUGAAGGAAUUUGUCCGCAGGGUCGGCCUCACGCUGGAGAGGAAGGCAAGCAGCGCCAUCGACAUCACGAGUGAACUCGAUGAGAAACGAGGCCUUCCUGCGCCUCAAGAUGAAAGGGUGGCUUCAUUUUCAUGAUCAGUGUGGUGCUAGCAAGGAUGCUGCCGAUUUUGCUCUCUGUCUCACAAUUGGGAAAAUGGAUGAACGCUUACCGAAGAAUAUCCCAUUCACAAUUCUCUCAGGUGACAAAGGUUUUAUUGAAGUGGAACGCCAGAUGAAAUCCUCUGCCCGUCGAACGGUUGUGAUUAACCCACAUGAUGAAGUUC